UCUGGGAGCUUUGGCCGACUCCAGCUGUGGUAGGCCACAGUACGCCAUCGGGACAGCUGAGGUUAACGCCAGGGGCAUAUCUGUACACCAUAACACUCUAUAUACUGACCAUUUCAGCAGAAAUCGCCUUGAACAACUAAGACAACAUAAACUCCACCUCGACAGGUAAACUAUCUGACGUCACACAGGUAUAUGGCCUGAUCUACCUGUACAUGGACUAUGUAUAUAUUAAACCUCAAUAGUGAACAAUGCACCCUACACGUCAAUACAGCCGUCUGAAUGAUACAAUCAUCGACAUAUAAGCUUCUUAUAUCUCUUCACGCAUGCGUAGAACAACAUGAAAUCGGAUUCGAAAUCAAUGACGCUAGAAACUUCAGUGGGAUCAGUUCCGAAAAGGCCGGCGUACACUCGACACUCCACAAAGACUGGUCCGCGACGACAGUGGUUAGGAGCACGUAGGAGAAUAAGCUCUGUCAGUUUUGAUAUAAAACCAAUUAAAGAGAACUCACUUGAGGACAAUGUUAUAAGUUUGGGUGGAAACAAGGAGUACAACUACAGAAGGAUGAGUGCGCCUGAACUUCCUCCGAUAGACUACAGGACCAAGUACUCCCCUACACAGUUAGUGCUCCAGGGAUCUUUACUUCGCCGAACAUCCUAUAAUGGUAAUUCUGGCAGUCAUCCUCAUAGUGCAACAAGUGAUGGUUCACUUAGGGGUCAAACCGCCAAGUCUCCACUCAGCGCUAACUCAUCGUCGUCCGGACAGAGUUUAGGACAGCAGGGAAAGUCUGUCGGUCUUAAUAGGGGAAAGACUUGGUGUGUUCCGGAACAGACCGACGUUGGAAGUCCUCGGACAGAUCAAGGGAAGAGAAAACCUGUGGGAAGUACACACAAUCAGAUGACACCGCGGUCAACGAGAUUCCGGACGUCACGUUUGUCUAGUAAAGAAAAUUCCUUGUCCAGUGGCAAUAACAACACGACGUCAAACCGGCGUCCCUUACAACAUUGCAAAAGUGACUCUAAAAUUAUCUCUCCCAUUGAAGAGUUCCAAAAAUCAAAAACAUUUAUCAAACGGAAUAAUAGUGAACAAAAACUGAAUGACAAAAACGCCAAGAAUAAUCAAAGGACGUUGUCAAUUGACAAAACCGAAAAUCUCACUCGGAAUAAAACUACUGCAGGCAAUGUAAGUGGAAUGCGGAGAUACUCCUCAACUUAUGUAUUAAACUUCAAUAACAAAAGUAGUGAAAAUGAAUCACGGACAACAACAGAACAGGAGAAUGAUGAUUCUGACUCGGAUUCUAACAAGGAUCAAUAUAUCAUAAACUGGAUCAUAGGUGUUCAGUCAGAGGAGAGGGAAAUCCCUCCGGAACCGGAAAUAGAGUACCACGACGUUCCACCACAGACGGAUACGGCAGUCCAUAUUGUAUAUGGAGACUCCUGAUUUCACUAUGAAAUUGUGGUAUUUUUCUUACGGAUUUAAUUAUUAAGUUUUGGAAACUUACAGAAAUAUUUAUGUUAAUGGUUGUUGAUCUGGCUGUUAUAGAAACAGCUGAGUUUCUUUGACGACCGCAGGUUUCGCGUGGUAAGUUGUUUAUUGUUUGUUUACCCGGCAAUCAGUUAAAGCUUAAAGCGUGUGUGAUAUAUCUCUGAUCGAUUUGUUACUUGGUGUUAGUAUUGUUAUGUUUAUAAGGGAUUCCAAGGCCACGGCAUCAAUAAUAUCGAUUUUUGUCUGACAUGAUGUGUUAGUCAAGGAGAGUAGAAUGACAACAUCAUAAUAAAAUAAGACACCAAUAUUCAAAAUAAGUUAUUUCCAUUUUUAAUAUUUCUUUAUGUAUUUGAAAAAAACCUAGUAGAUAAUUUCCUACAAGUAAAAUCUGAACUUAAAGUAUUCUACAAGGUAUUCAAUAUUUUAUCCUAAAACAACCUGGCUAUCCUUGGGUUCCAGUAUUACAAUACAAUACUGUUUUGUAAUGACCGACGCCCUAAAUAUCGACAACACAUCUAUUGUCAGACAUUCCCGGUCCAUCAAAUAGAGUCCUGUUUGUUUGAAACCAAAGAAGCUGAAAAAGAAAUAAAAAAACCUAUUAUGGCAAAUUUAAAGAAAACAACGACGAUGAAAUGUCAACAGGACAUAGAAAAUGUUUCGUGUUAAAAUAUCUAGAUCAUACGUAAUGAUGACGUCACUUUUAACGACAUAUUAUUUAUCCAAUGUUUCAUUUCAAUUUGGUUCGAAACAAACAGGUUCAGUUUGUUAAUGUUUUAUGUGUGCGUGUUAGGUAGAAAUUGAGACCUAUGCCGAGAGGCCUCUCCUUAUUUAUUAACAUCGUGAGAGGUGGGUGUUACCCCCUAUCGGGUAUACAUAACCAUCUUUCACGAAGUCUAGUGUUCACUUGGCCAUGUUCUAUCUGUGAUAAAUAAGGUAUUCCUUCCAUUGUUCAUAUAUUUUUAAUAAUUUGCAAUAGUUUGUAAGUGUACCUACAGAAUUUCAACAUUGCACCUUUGAUUAUCAGAAAUCCAGGCUUUGGCCACCAUUGUAACAACAUGUUUGCUUAGUUACAAUAGCUCUAAUGAAAAUGAAAACAUCUUUGCUUGAAUUCAUUUCCUGUUCUAUGAAAUUCAUGCUUUGCUCACGUGCUAUUUAUUCCUUUAAUCUAUUGACUUUGUGUUAAUUUCCAUUGGGAAUGAUCUUGAACUUUCGCGAUAAGUAAUUUCAAUCGUUUCAAAGAUAUGAAUUUACACUGGGUACACUUUGUGCCAGUUUUAACCCAAGAUAGAUAUGGCGCCUGGAUUUUCUGCCAAAAAGAUAAUGUUGAAGCUCUUGGUUAUUUUACCUGUGGCACAUACCCUUCAGAGACAUUACCAGCUUUGGUUCCAACUUAUCCAACCUAAGGUACCAACCCAUCGAUUAUCCAUUGUGCACCAAACAUACCUCCACAAUAGGAGAGUCGUUGGAUCUAUACCUGCUCUAUAGGACGGCAGAAAACAUGGUCUCGAUCUCCACAAAUGCAGACUGGUAAUCGUAAAUCGUUUUAAUUAAGAUACACAUUGCAUUAUAACGAUAAAUAGGAACCAAGCCUCCUUCCAGAGCUCAAUCAAUACACAAUUCUGUAUAUUAGACCACAAACUACGUCAGUAUCUCCCGUCCCUUACAACACACGAACUAUAACUCUACAUUUAAAAUCUUGACGAUUUCAAGCAUGCUUACAAGGUUGUUAUUGUCAAAGCUGACAUUAACACAAAAUACAACGAACAAUAGUAACAUGGUCCUCAGAUGUUCAAGUACAAACAAUGUGUUCAUCAUCGCCAAGCUGAGUAAGAAUAUCGAUAAAACAGUAUGUUAUUAUCUGACAUAAUCAAAAAGAAAGUAUUGAAAAGUUGACAGAUAGAAAUGCAUUGCACUCACUGGAAACAUGUUCAUAGUAGAGUACUCUUACCACACGACGAUACUGUAUACAUUACAGUAAAAGUAAGAAAUUAACUUUACGCUAUAUACGUAAUGUGUUAAAGCGUGGACACAGGUCAGUUUCCUUUACCUCCCAGCUAUAGAGACACCCACAUCGCUUAGAUCAGGAAUAGGUAACAUUAUCCAAUAUAGCCAAGGUAAUAUAUCCCGGAGUUAUGUCUAUAUCAGUCACGUACAUAAUAACAUUGUAAACAUAAACUAGGUCACUAUCAUUAAAAGUGAGUGUUAUAAUUGGAAUAACUAGCUUUGGAAAGGAAGAAAUAAUUUCAAAUCUUUAUUAUGACCAGUACACAAGCCACCAAAAAGGUAAACAGUCGUCGAUAUACCACUAAAACAUGGCACACAAAAAGGUAAAGAGUCGUCGAUAUACCACUAAAACAUGGCACACAAAAAGGUAAACAGUCGUCAAUAUACAUAUACAUAUACAUGUACCACUAACACAGCCUAAAAAGGUAUUUACCGACAUCAAUGAUUAUUUACUGAGAUGCAUAAAACGGUUAUAAAAACAUAUUGCUAGAAAGAUCAUUAUUAGGAUACUUCCUCUAAUUAUCACUAGAUAAGGGCGUUCGUCUGCGUUACGUUUCACUUAUUGUACUAAAUAACAGUACAAUCGAACUUGGGUAACCAACGAUGGUUAAUUAUGCAUCAAUAUAAAACUGAGAUGUUUUUAAUGUUAUCUGAAAUGAUUUAUCAAUAAAUAUUAGAUUAUUUACCCCAUGCGGUUAAAAUAUUACAUUUUCGCAAAGAAUAUCAAAACCGAAACGUUGACGUCAAGAUCAAUCAAAAUAUAAUGCUAAUUGAUGUCUCACUCGGCUAAAUAGACUUACAAUGCAAUUUAUUGCUCAAUUAACAUUACAAAAUAUAUUUGAUGGUAGCUUACACAAACAUAAAUAAAAUUCACGCUUGAUUUGUCAUGAAAGGCACUAAGGUAUUCCCUAUUGUCGAUGUUUACCUCGCUACCUGUGAGAUUUAAAAGUCUCUACCGGUUGUUUACUGUUUCUCCUCGGAGACAGCGUAAACGAGUAGUAUCUUAUUAAACACGCCAGUAAGCGGUUAUCAGUCCUAGUCAACACAUUAUAUCAUUAGACAUGCCUUUCUGGUAUUAUUGUUUUUAUUUUGUUUGUGUUUUUUUCUCUCAAGAAAACAGACUUUGAUAAGAACAAAAAAUUAAAUAAAAAUAUGGAGUUCAAUAAUUCAUUAACUACAGGAAUAAGAGGUAGAAUUUACAGGUAUAGUCAAAAAUAGAAAUAGGUAAUCGAUAAAUAUAAAUAUUGUAUGAUAAGUGAGAUUGCGACAGAGUCUAUGUGUGACCGCUGAUCACGCCCCUGUUGAGUGGACCCCCACUGUGCGGUACGUGAACAGAGGGUGGUGCAAACAGGAGUGACGGAAUGGAAGCUCGGAAUUUCUUAUAUCUGAUAAUCUCAUUUGUUCUUCAGUUUUGAAAUUCAGUUGUAAUAUAAGGAUUCUCCGCGUGAUAAAUGAAUAAUAUUCAUGAUGAGUAUCACGGUUAUUAAACGGAAAUUAAUGCCUUCUCCUUAUUAUUUUUAUAAGACUUUUAGAAGAUUUAUGAAGAAACAUGUAUUCUAUUUUCUUUACGUUCGAUAUAUUUAUUUAAGGUUAUAUUCGUUUGACUACAAUGUUUAUUUACAUACCUAUUUGACAAUACAAGAUAAUGAGAUAUUAUUUAUGUUAAGUUCGUAUGCGACAUUUUUCCCGUGACCCUAAUCCUGGGAUUAUCGAAACCAAAAGAUCACAUGGUACGGAUUAUAUAAAAUUUCCAAUUAUCACGUGACCCAUUGACUAAAACAUAAGGUUAACCAUAUACUUCAAACAACUCAUAGCCCCUUCCAGUUAAUUUGUUUUGUACUAAAAUUUUGUAUUCGGUUUCAUCUGAAAACAUAAGCAUAUAGCAUAUAGCUGGAAGAUAAUCCAUUUGAAUACUUUCAGAACAAAAUCACACUAAACAGUUAAUUUUGGAGUUAAAAGCAAAACAUUGAAAUUAAUCUUUGUAUAUUCAUAUGAAAAGAAAUAUUAAAAAUAAGUUACUAUAAAUAUUUGAAGGCCAUUUAUAAGCCUAGUAUGGCAGUCAUACUUUUAUAACAUCUAAUACUAGGGGUAUUAUCUCUAAAUAUUGUUUGACUUUAUGGCAAUAAAGGUUUACUUUGGCUGUAACAAGGUACUUGGCAUGUGUGUUUGAUAAUGUACACGUAUCAAAAGUAAUUCAGGUCUGGAAUUUAUAGCCCGGAAAGCACCUUUCAAAAUCAGCGAGGGGGGUGUGACGUCAUAAAUACCAUCGCGUUGAGAGGUGAGCGGUUAAUUAUCGUUAUUAUCAAGAUGCAAUAUGGAACAAUGAACUUUAAGAUUACCUGUCUGCAUGUUAUUGUCUCUCUUCAUAUUUCAUUUGACUUUAUGAACACAUAUUUGAUCCAUGAACUUUCCACACAGUUUAUUUUUGACCUAUGACCCUUUUGAUUGGCGCGUGUCCAGUUAUGAUGUUCACGCAGAUUGAUUAAUUGUCGUGAUCGUAUCACACAUGGAACAAUACUACGUGAUUCACCCAAGUCAAGAAUAUGAUACUAAACAAAAAGCAUUGAUACAAUAAAAAAGACUAUAUCAUUGUUAAAAUGCCUAAUCAGUAUUUGGAAAUCCACUGCCAGAUAUCAAAUGAUGACCUUGAGCAGGUAUAGACCUUAGGAUGGGUACAGUUGUGCUGAUUAUGGUUAAAAAGCAUACAUAUUUUUUAUUCAACGAUUUGCCAUAUAAGGCAUGAUUGUAUUACCAUUGUAUAGUGAUGCAUUGUUACAUUGUCUUUCAUUAUUGUUCUAUUGUUGUAUAUUCCCUAGCUGGUUUGUUUCCGUCAUUUUUAUCGACUACAUUGUCCUAUGUUAAUUGGUGUAUUGCGAUUGACAGACAGUAAACACAAUAUAAGGAUUUAAGAACUGCAAGGAAUGUCAAACUGUUUCUAAAUAAUGUCCAUCAGUCAUACCAUUUUUGGAUUAACAAUAAUGGUGUAAAAUAAUAUUUUAUUAACAAAAUAAAGAGAAAAAAAUGAAACUACAGAGAAAUUUAAUGCUAAUCAUAAUGGACUCUGGAUAAAUUCAUUAAACAAUUCAUCUUAAUUCGGACAAACAGAGAAAACGAGAUUUUUUUCUAGCAAACCAAGUAUCAAUUAUUGAAGAAUUUUAAUGAUGCAUUUUAUUUUGUAAUGGAAACAUUAACAAACAUGUCUGUUGAUGCUAAAGCCAUUUUAACCUUAUACAUGCUCGUUUGCAUAGUUUUUACUAUAGUUUAUUCAUUUUAUUUUUAUAUUUCUAUCAAUAGUAAAUGGGCAUGAGUAAGUCUAAAUGUAAGGGCUUUUAUUUAAAAACAUACAUAAAUAUCAACUUUAUUUAUUUUACAACAAUUGCAAAAAUUGUUUCCGACUUUGUGACGUAGUAGCAACAAUAUACUAAGAUAGGAGUAUGAAAUAUAUUUAUCAAUCAUUUGAGAAAUAAUUAAUUAACAAGAAUGACCAGAUCAAGACAACUAGAGCUAGAUUUGUAACAUGUGAUGUCAUUGUUCUCGUAACGUGCAAAACGCAAUAUUUCAUACUAAUAUCGUUGUGUACACCACUGUUGUCAAGGAGACGUCACAUACAUUGCAACACGCAGUUCCAUUGUUUUUAGUACCGUGGAGUCCCUAGACUAGGUUUUAAAAGAUCAGUGUUCAAUACAAGAAAUCUUUUUUUAUUUAAGACUAAACACGAAAAGAAUUCUGUAAAAAUAACCGAAAUCUCGAUUUUUAUGGUGUAAUUGGUUAUGACAAUGGCACAAAAUACAACUUGUCUAAUGUUUACUUAGAGACUGUUAUUCCUAUAUACAAAGUUCCCGGGGCAAGCAUUGAAACCCAGACACUAGGCCAUUUAGGAAACAAAUCCGAAGGUGAUAUACCGGGACGUUCCGUGAUACGCAGUGCUCACUGGCAAACGUCCUAGUUCUGUGUCAUAAUGUGUAUUUAACGAUACCAGUUAGACUUUCAAGUUUAUUCUUCAGAGAUAACUCCACUUUCAAAUUCGUCUGUCGCCUUAGCCCGCCAUUGUUUGCUGCUCUGCCCAUUUUAGCUUUAAAAGCCGUUACACAAUAUGUGUUGAAUUUGCAAUUAUUUUCGAGGGUCGACCGGUUUAUAUACUAACUAUUUGACAAGAUACCGAUUGUGUCUAGUUUAAAAUUUAUAUUUAUUGAUCAAGACCAUAGGUUUACAGGCCUUAAUGAAAAACGCUUCUGAAAACAGAAGUAAUUAUUCACAGGGAAAUGUCUGCUACACUUCGACGUACUAAAGCCAUGGUGGGAUAUACACAAACAAAAGACUUCUAACUUAUCCAUUUAGUUGAGCCCGCCUAUAGUCGAGGUAAUAUAUAUAUACUGUCAUUACGGAAUCAUACAGACCAUCGUAAUGCGGAUUUUAGAUCAUAUUCUAAUGGAAUUAGUAGGAACAAAGAACAGUAUUAAAUGUUUUGUAGGAGAGCCAAUCCUGCCCCGAUGACGUACAUAUAUAUUAUGUAUCGGGAAUCCGAGAGUCGACCAUGCAAUAGCAUCAGGCUUUAUCCAAGCAAUGUCCAUUGUAUUAAAAUGUUCACAUAGUCUACAUAUUGAGUUAAUUUAUUUUAAGACGAUUUGAAAAUGAUUAGAUAAGUCAGUUAGAAAAACUAUAAUGAAGAAUUUAUUUAUUAAUGAAACCCUGUAUCUUUUUGAAAAAAAAUCUAAGCUUGUGUUUUGUUAAUAUUUCAUUAGAAAAAGAUAUUAACACCUUUCAAAUUGCUAACAAAUUAUGUAUUGACAAUUAUUUCUUUGAAUGAAACUGAAAUAUGAUAAUUAGUCAUAUUAACGGCGAUAGAAUAUUUAUAUGAUUAUACCCUAUACUUAUUGUGUGAAACAAAUUUGAGCCUUUUUGAGACGUUAGAAUUCGGAACGAUUAAAUUCCGGAAUCUAGGACUCCGUCUCUGUUCCCAUGUGCCAAUAUUAGUGGGCUUACUUUUGUAUAUAGUGCAUUACGUGUGGUUUUAAACUUUCAUUUUGUUCAGUAAGCACAUUCACUUUUGUUGCAAGGAAAUGUGAUUCCAGCGAUAAUUUCUAAAAUAUUUCCUUCUUUCGCAAUAUUAAUGUUUUCAUUAUUUAAGAAUUGUUUGCUGUCAUGAUCUUCUGUAACUUAAUCAAAUAGUGAUUAUAAUGUUAAUCAUUGCUGUUAUCGAGUCUUUUCUUAAUGCCUUGUAACAGAAAUGAAACGUUCAUUGAUUCCUACUGAGGUUUUCCGAACGUAAUGAUAUGGUGCUAACAGUUAUGAAUUUCGUUCAUAAAUAACAUUCGUUUAAAACAAAUGUUUGUAAGAAUUAUUUCAUUGUGUAAAUGUAUACUUGUCCAUCCUUUCGAAAACUUCAGCCGUCCUAUUUAUUGUGUUAUUAUAUAGAAAACAGAGUGUGUUCCGAAAGUACAUGUAAAUGUUGUUGGGUACGUACAAUGUAUGUACUUGUGCAGCUUCAUUCGUACUUUUCAUAUUUGAUAGAAAAAUAGAGUGUGUUCUGAACGUGCUAUGGUACAUGUGUAGCCAUGGCUUACAUUGUGAUUUUGAUCCCUGUGAUAUGAUAACGCUAUGUCAUAUGAAAACUUAUUUUAAAUGUAUACUUAUGUGUUAAAUUAUGACAUUUUUCUUAUUUCCUGUUUUAAACUGAUCCUAGUCCUUAAAUAUGUACGUGGCCUUAUCUGAAUUAUUUAUUUCCCAACAAAAUUGACGAGUUCGGAUAAAGCAUCUCUAAAGGUUCGGUUCUUCAUACGGGUACCGUAGAAAGUGUUACCCGGAUGUACUUUGUUAUUAUUUAAUCAAUUGUAUAUCAAUAUGAAAUAUUCGAUCUACGCAAUUUGAUUUAUGAAAAAGCACAUUUUGAACCGUUAUCUGGUAAAUCUUGAGACUUCUUCAAGAAACCGUUAGAUUAUAUCACAAAUCAAUAAGAUGAAUUUGCUUCCAGACUUGGAAUAUAUUUUUAAGAUAAAUGUUAAUUUAUUUUAUUUAAGAUUCAUUCA